UGCGAGAGGGGGGUGGCGCCUGCACCCAGCCACAGUAUGCGAACACUGAGUCCGGACCUACGAGAAAGCAUCUUGUCCUCAGCCAGUCACGCUCCACUGAUCACCAUGUUAGACAACUUGAACCAAUCAACGCGACGUAGUUGUGUCUAGAUUCUCUGCCCCUUCCAUAAGGAUAACUUUCUGUUGGGACCAAUUUGUGCCCAGCACAUAGGCUGUAUUUACACCCUUCUCACGUGACAAUACACCAGACGGGUUUAGACCUGCUAGACUACUCACCUUCAAGGCUCUCACGUGCAGCAACUUACACUCAACACUAGCCUGGGAACACUGACGUCUAGUCCUGAUUCAACAUUCGAACCGUGACGUCACGAGGGCGCCGAGACAUUGGUGACGUGACUGUCACAUCCAGCUGGUUUAGACAACUCGACACGCCCUGGGUAGACCUACGAUGAAACCUCGAGUUGUCUCCUCUGCUAGUAAGCCGGGAAUUACAGCUCCUGGUAAAAUAUCGGCUGCCUCCUUUUUCUUCCUCCCGCCCAAUCGCUUCACGCCGUACUACCACCUGCUGGAUCCUGACGACUCGGGGGAUGACGAGGAUUCCAGCGGUGAUGACGUCAUCGUCACUGACCAAUACGGGGAGAGGUCAACUCUUGAAAAUACUCACAUCAAAAGCAUUACCCAGAGAACAGAUGCCAGAACUACCCAGUCACAAGUUGCCACAAGUACACCAACACGAUGGCCACAAGUUGCCUGGGCCAACAUGUUCUCUUGGAGGGAGCUCUUCCCCGCCCACGGGCUCAAUGGCAUAUGGAUGGAUUACGUCAUGUUAAUUAGUCAAGUCAUGUCGUGUGUCAUUUAUGUCAUAAAUACUUCAGUCAAUGACAAAUACAAGCUUCAAUGGACUGGUUGGAUGUGGGUACAGAGAGGUUGGUGGGCGUGGCUGGCGGAAGUGACCUUGGCCUUCACGGUCAUCAGUUUAACCAUCGUGAAGUCUGUCGCAGCUAAAGGUGAAAGGUCAAGUGAGAGGUCAUGGAAGACCUUGUGGCAGCUCUGUCUACUGCUGGCAGCGUAUGGUCCGCUCCUGGCGUCUGUCGUUUGUCCCACACAGCUGAAGGUCAUGUUUGCUCCCGUGUUCCUGGCUAGCUGGGUCAUCAAGGACACGUGCAGGGACAUAUUCGCCACUCACAACACCAGGGCUCUCUCAAGGCGCGGGUUCGAAUCCAGGCUGGUCAGAGUGGUGCAGGAGGUUGUGGUGCUGAUGGUGAUGGUGCUGUCGCUGGUGUUUAUCUGCGCGUGCCUCGUCCACCACGCCCACUCCCCCGGCCCGCCCCUGACCUUAUGCCAAACCCUGACUAGGGUCACCACAACCUUCCUGACCGCAGGGUUGGCAGGCGACGUCCCUCUCUUUGACCGAUGCGUCAUGAUCGUCUUCAUCUUGGUUGCCUUGGUUACCGUACCCAGUCAGGUGGAGGCGGUGGUCAGGUCAUGUACUGAUGACGUCAUUCACGAUGUCCAGCAGCCGUGUCGUCCGGACAGGUCAGUUGUCGUCUGCGGUGGGAGCUUGACUCAUGACGUCAUCGCACUGUUUCUACGCGAGUUUUCAUCCAAAGACGAGAGUUCCAGUGUGGCCUUCCUGUGUUCAAAUGACCUUGACCCCGACGCUUAUCACGUCCUGAACGACCCGAGGUGGCGCCACCGUGUGACGUCCGUCACAGGGAGUUGUCUCAAGGACGAUGACCUUCAACUUUGUGGUGUUGACCAAUCAUCGGCGUGUUUCAUUCUGGCCGCACGUGAUGCUAAAAAUAAACAACAGGCUGAUAGUCAGACAGUGAUUCGAUCCUGGGCCGUUCACGAGUUCGCCCCUCACUGUCCGCAGUUUGUUCAACUUUUUCACUCGGCAAAUCGGAGUCACCUCGACUUUCUUGAUCAAGUCGUGUGUCACGAUGACCUGACCCCCGCCCUCCUGGCUAAAGUCUGCACGUGCCCAGGUCUGCUCAGCCUUGUCGCUCAACUCGUGGCAUCUCCUGGACCAAACCAAUCACAGGAUGAGUUACAUCCAGCCAAUCAAAUCUCGCGUCACAUCGGCCUGCGUCACACAAAGGUGGAGAAGAGUCAGAUCUUUCAGCGUUACGAGGACUACGCCUUCAGCGAGGCGUCAGCUGACGCUUAUGCCAGUCACGGCGUCUGUUUGCUUGCUGUUGUCGAUAAAAAUUCUUCGCCGCCUCGCUUGGUUUUGAACCCUGGACCUAGCUAUAACCUGCAGGCUAACGACACGUGCGUGUAUCUGAGUGCUGGGACUGGCGGGGCAGACGACGAGGAACAAUCAAGCUCUGUAUUUUACGUCAGUCAUUCGUCUGCCGGUCAAUCAGCCGGUCAGUCAGCCGGUCAAUCAGCCGGUCUGUCAGCCGGUCAGUCAGCCGGUCAGUCAGCCGGUCAAUCAGCCGGUCAACCAGCCGGUCAAUCAGCCGGUCAAUCAGCCGGUCAAUCACCCGGUCAGCCAGCCGGUCAAUCAGCCGGUCAAUCAGCCGGUCAAUCAGCCGGUCAAUCAGCCGGUCAAUCAGCCGGUCAAUCAGCCGGUCAAUUCCCCGAUCAGCCAGCCGGUCAGUCAGCCGGUCAAUCAGCCGGUCAAUCAGCCGGUCAGCCAGCCCGUGUUACAAAAAGGGAGGAGGACAACAGUGGCAGACGUCAAGAACCAACGCUGAGCUUGUCACGUGUCUACUCGUCACGGACCAAUCAGAAUGUCGCACGGAAAAUGUGUUGUUUAUAUCUAGAUCAGAAAUGCCAUCACACGCGCGAGAGCAUGACGUCACAUCCGAGAUGGGCCCGGCCUGCUGUCGUCAUGGCAACCAGACGGUUUACAGACGGCGCCUGGAACCUUCUACGUCAUCUGUCACGUGACCCAUCCACCGGCCCUGUCGUGGCCAUCUUCUCAGAGAGGCCAAGCGACCUUGACCUUGGCCGCCUACUGAUAUUACCGAUGGUUUUUAUAUCAGUUGCCGCCCCUGAAAGUGUCGCAGAUCUGCUGAAAGCGGAAGUGAAAACUGUCGGCCAUUUUGUUGUUUACUCUGACGUAACGGAACAUGACGUCACCAUUGCAGACUUGGAGACCAUUUCCGUAAUAGAGAUGGUGAGACGGGAAUUCCCACAAACCUGUGGGGUAGCUAACCUACACAGGUCAUCCAGUUUUGGGUUACUUCGUUCAUUUUCAUUGGAUGACUUAAGUCAGCAAGGGGGCACGACUCAACAACAAGGGGACAGAACUCAACAACAAGGGGACGCAACUAAGCAACAAGGGGACAGAACUCAACAACAAGGGGCUGCGACUGUAAAUAGAAGUCCAGUUAUUUCCCUUUCAAACUGUCAACUUUUCUCGUGUGAGCUGUUGGACCAGGUGUUGUACCAGAGCUAUUUCAGCAGACACCUCUUGUCGUUCCUGCGACAUUUGCUGGACAUUGGAGACACGACUGGACAUUUGCACUGUGUGACGCUAACUUCAGAGAUGUGCCUAAAUAGUCCAUGCUACGGCGAUCUGUACAGAGAGUUUUCGCUAACUCACGGGGAAAUCCCUUUUGCUAUUUAUAGACCUACAGGACCAGACGAUAUAUUGGAAGAUGGACCUCCAGAGCCAACAGACUCGAACACCUCACGUGACGUGCUUGUUACGUCAUCAGUAGAACUUGCUGAACUCACAGACGAAUGUCACUUGAACGCUAAAUGUCAGAUGUCAGACAAAGCUGAACACGGCGUGACAUUUAACGACAUUGAAGAGCUGAGAAAGGGGCAGACAACUCGCACAAAUGUUUGGCUACAUCCGGGGUCCAAGGUCCAGCUCCGACCUGGUGAUAUUGUUUUCCUCAUCAGAACACGGUGACGUCAUUCAGGGUUGUGUGACGUCAUGAGACACAGACUGCCAUGAACCACGUGACGAGACUUGUAACAAUUAGUUCUGGCAAUAAUUUGUUGUUGUUGUUUUUUGUGAGCUUGGUUUAAUGCAUGUGACCUUAGUGUGAACUUGAAACAGCUAUGUUGUUUAUUUUAAAAAUUCACAUU